UCUGAUCUCUUCCGGGUCAUGAAAUUAGCACAGAAGGCGUGAAUGUGAGCUAGCAGGCCGAAAACUUUCACUGAAAACACGUAAAAGAUAAAGAAAGUAAAAAGAAGCUCUGUUAGCACGUUUAGACGUUUUAAUACGGAACGUUCCGGUGUGUUGUUCUGUUACCAUAUGACACAGCAAUGCCGGGGCUCAGUUGUCGCUUUUACCAGCACCGGUUCCCGGAGGUGGAAGAUGUUGUGAUGGUGAACGUGAGGUCCAUCGCUGAGAUGGGAGCCUACGUCAGCCUUUUGGAGUACAACAACAUUGAGGGCAUGAUCCUCCUGAGCGAGCUGUCACGCCGACGUAUCCGCUCCAUCAACAAGCUCAUCCGCAUCGGCCGCAAUGAGUGUGUGGUGGUGAUCCGAGUAGACAAAGAGAAAGGAUACAUCGAUUUAUCAAAAAGAAGAGUUUCUCCUGAAGAGGCCAUCAAGUGUGAAGACAAAUUUACCAAAUCUAAAACUGUGUACAGCAUCCUGCGGCACGUGGCGGAGGUGCUGGAUUAUAGUAAAGACGAGCAGUUAGAGAGCCUGUACCAGCGCACCGCCUGGGUCUUUGAUGAGAAGUACAAGCGGCCCGGAUACGGAGCUUAUGACGUCUUCAAGCAGGCUGUGUCAGACCCCUCCAUCUUGGACGGGCUGGACCUGACAGAAGAGGAGAGGAACGUUCUGAUUGACAACAUCAAUAGACGACUCACUCCACAGGCCGUCAAAAUCAGGGCGGAUAUUGAAGUGGCGUGUUACGGCUAUGAGGGCAUCGACGCGGUGAAGGACGCGCUGAGGGCGGGGCUGAACUGCUCCACGGAGGCUAUGCCCAUCAAGAUCAAUCUCAUCGCUCCUCCACGUUACGUGAUGACCACGACCACUCUGGAGCGUACAGAAGGUCUGUCCGUGCUCAACCAGGCCAUGGCUGCCAUUAAGGAGAAGAUAGAGGAGAAGAGGGGCGUCUUCAACAUCCAGAUGGAGCCAAAGGUGGUGACAGACACUGAUGAGACAGAGCUUGCACGGCAGCUGGAGCGCUUGGAGCGCGAGAACGCUGAGGUGGAUGGAGACGACGAUGUGGAGGAGAUGGAAGCUAAAGCUGAAGACUGAAGUUGGUCCACAGGGAGGGCUGGUGGGGGAAAGUGUUCCAAUCAUGGACAGACCUGACCAAUCAGUCCAGAAGGUGUCACCUUUCAACAUUUUUUGGGGGGGGGGGGGGGCAGUUUGGCAAAUGGUGACCAGGUUUGCUUCUGUGAAAGUGGCAACACGACCAGAGUUAAAUUACGUCUAUAGUUUGUAUUUUUGAGUAAACGAUCUGAACCGUCUCAGCGCAGUGGCCCUCUUACUUCGUUAGAAUCCACAGAAUACCUGUUAGUCUGCUCACAGAUUAACAGGUAAAUGUGAGCUUGUUUACUGCUUUUUUUCUUUUUUACAUAACCCAUCUUCUGCUCACGCUGCAACAGUAAAAACCUGGAAGUUUUAAUCUAUCAGCUGCUUUAAAGGUGAAGAACGUCUUUACAAUUUCAGAACUGAACUCUUAAGUAUGUUGUGAAGAACUCAGGUGGCACAAACCUAUUAAAAAAAGUUUUUAAUUCAAAUGUUCAUUACAAAAAGAGGUUUCACAACUGCAUGCUGUCUCCUAUUAGCAUGUUUUUUGUACAGCGGUUUUGUUGUGUGCUGCAGUGAUGUCACCACGUGAUGGACGACUCCGGACGAGAACAUGCCAACACAUUGAACAGGAAUGUGUCGAGGAAAAACACGGCAAACCU